GGCACCACUCGGCCACCAACGCCACACCUUCUGAGAUACCCCUCUUUGCUUGCCUAGCAACAACAGCAAGAUGUCCAACCCCACUCAGAUCUUUGCCGACGACGUAACGGAGGAGAAGGGCGAGAAUGCGCGCCUCUCCGCUUUCGUGGGAGCUAUCGCAGUGGGAGACCUGGUGAAGAGCACAUUGGGCCCCAAGGGCAUGGACAAGAUUAUGCAGUCUGCUUCGACUGGCGAAAUCAUGGUCACAAACGACGGUGCUACCAUUCUCAAAGCGAUUGCCCUCGACAACGCGGCCGCAAAAGUACUGGUCAACAUUUCAAAAGUGCAAGAUGACGAAGUCGGUGACGGCACCACGUCGGUGACGGUGCUGGCCGCCGAGCUGCUGCGUGAGGCGGAGAAGCUGGUUGACCAGAAGAUCCACCCCCAGACCAUCAUCGAGGGAUACAGGAUAGCAAGCAGCGCGGCGCUCAAGGCACUGGAGAAGAUUGCCACGGACCACAGCAAUGACAAGGACGAGUUUAGGAAAGACCUCGAGGCGAUUGCCCGGACAACGCUCAGCUCCAAGGUGCUUUCUCAAGACCGCACACAGUUUGCCAAGCUUGCCGUCGACGCAGUGCUCAAGCUCGGGGGCUCGACGGACCUGACACAUAUCCAAAUCAUCAAGAAGGCUGGAGGCAAGCUCAAGGACUCGUACCUGGACGAGGGAUUCAUCCUGGACAAGAAGUUUGGCGUGAACCAGCCCAAGCGGAUAGAGAACGCCAAGAUUCUGGUGGCCAACACAGCCAUGGACACGGACAAGAUCAAGAUUUUCGGUGCACGAGUAAAGGUGGACUCGACAGGCAAGCUGGCCGAGCUGGAGAAGGCUGAGCGGGAGAAGAUGAAGGCCAAGGUGGAGCGCAUCAAGGCUCACGGCAUCAACUGCUUUGUCAACCGCCAGCUGAUCUACAACUGGCCGGAGCAGCUCUUUGCGGAUGCCGGCAUCUGCUCGAUUGAGCACGCCGACUUUGACGGCAUUGAGCGCCUGGCGCUGGUUACUGGGGGCGAGAUCACAUCGACGUUUGACCACCCCGAGAACGUCAAGCUCGGACACUGCGACCUGGUCGAGGAGGUGAUUAUUGGCGAGGAUGUGUUGAUUAGGUUUUCAGGCAUCAAUGCGGGACGAGCGUGCACGAUUGUGCUGCGUGGAGCGACGGAGCAGCUUCUCGACGAGGCGGAGCGAUCGCUGCACGACGCGCUCGCAGUGCUCUCGCAGACGGUCAAGGAGCCGCGGACAACGCUGGGGGGUGGGUGUGCAGAGAUGAACAUGGCAAAGGCUGUGGCCGAAGCAGCACAAAACGUAGCGGGCAAGAAGGCGAUUGCCGUCGAGGCGUUUUCCAAGGCGCUGCAGCAACUGCCCACGAUUCUGGCAGACAAUGCGGGCUUCGAUUCGAGCGAUCUAGUGACGCGGCUUCGCAAGGCUGUCUACUCGGGCUUGACCAACUCGGGGCUGGAUCUCCUGUCGCCCGGAGGAGGCAUUACAGACAUGAGGGAGCUAGGCGUGAUUGAAAGCUACAAACUCAAACGGGCGGUGGUAUCGUCGGCCUCGGAGGCAGCCGAGCUCCUGUUGCGCGUAGACAACAUUAUCCGCAGCGCCCCGCGACGACGCGAGCGCAUGUGAGGGCGAGGCGAGGCGAAUCCAGACGACCAUGGCAGGCAUGCAGGCACACUUAGGUAGCGUGUAUAUUAUGAAGGCACAUGAAUGCAGUCGGACCAGUGUGUUAG